AGCUAGGAGAGACUAAAUCGGUUGAUCUCGCCCUUAUCAGUCGUUCUUCCCGAAUUCAGCCAGCCAUGGCUUCUGUAAAUAGUGUCGUAACCCAGAGAUUUCUUCCCAUCACAAAAUCUAUCAGAGGGUCGAGGCCUAGAUGCAGUUUUUCUGUAAAGGGUCUCUCUGGUUCGUCUCUGCAAAGCUUCUCCAUAUGUCACAAAUCAGAGAAUUCCAGUUUCUUGAGAGGAAAGAGAAGAGCCCUAUUUGUUGUUUCGGCUGCGGAUGAUCUCCAUGUAAUUCCAGUGCAGAGCAGUGAUUCGACGGACCAGCAAGAUGGAGUAGUAUCUGGAAUUGAAAGAGAAAGAGAAGGAGAUAGUAUAAACCAGGUUGGUGGGUUCUCUAAUGAGGGCCAGUUGUCAUUCGAGGGAGCUGGAGGGUUCUCUUCUUCUUCGUCCAAUCCAUCGGAGGGGAAGGGAGAGGAGGGAGAUAUUGAUAGGUUUAUUGAUAGAACAAUUAAUGCCACUAUUGUUCUUGCUGCUGGUACUUUCGCCAUCACUAAAUUGGUCACCAUCGACUGUGAUUACUGGCAUGGAUGGACUCUCUAUGAGAUACUAAGAUAUGCACCACAGCACAACUGGUCUGCUUACGAGGAAGCUCUGAAAGAAAAUCCUGUUUUGGCCAAAAUGGUGAUAAGCGGCAUUGUCUACUCCGUGGGAGAUUGGAUUGCACAGUGCUAUGAAGGAAAACCUCUUUUUGAGUUUGACAGAACACGGAUGUUCAGAUCAGGCCUUGUCGGGUUCUCUCUUCAUGGCUCCCUUUCUCACUAUUAUUACCAGUUCUGUGAGGCUCUUUUUCCUUUCCAGGACUGGUGGGUGGUCCCUGCUAAAGUUGCAUUCGACCAAACUGUAUGGGCAGCAAUUUGGAACAGCAUCUACUAUGUUGUACUAGGAUUCUUACGAUUUGAAUCCCCAGUCAGUAUUUUCAGUGAACUUAAGGCAACGUUUUGGCUCAUGCUCACUGCAGGAUGGAAGCUUUGGCCUUUUGCCCACCUAAUUACCUAUGGUGUGGUACCUGUGGAACAAAGGCUUCUUUGGGUGGACUGUGUGGAGCUAAUCUGGGUGACCAUACUCUCAACUUACUCAAAUGAGAAAUCAGAAGCGAGGAUCUCAGAGGAAUCGGUGGAAGUAAAAGCAAUUUCUUCCUCAAUUGAUAAUCCUCAGGAGUAAAUGAAGUGAGAACAACAACUGGUUGAGUUCAGUUCGAUGUUAUUGGUAAAUAAUUGAAAGCUUGCUCGUGAAUUCCUGGUUAAAAAAUUCUUGAAGUCAAUCACAGGCUCACAGCAGGUGGGAAAUGCAGCUGGACGAGGGCUUGUGGUUCAUCACAAACCUUACAUGGAAACUUGUAUAUUUAUCUUGUGUAACAAUAUCAUCCUUUUUCAUUUGCAUAUAGGAAUAUAGUUUUUCCUUGAUAUCAAUAAUCAAAUGUAUUUAACAGGUUCUAUUUAGAGCACACAUUCAAAAGAAGUUUCUUUCA